GAAAAUAUUGGCAACACUGGUGUUCUGCUCUGUCACGUGACCUUAAAAUCUAUUCAAAAGUUCGUAAUUUUUUGCCGGUGUUGUACGUAAAAAACGUACAUUUUUCUUGAAACCGCGUGUCAGCCAAAUUAAAGGUAAAAUUUGUGGCCAUACAAAUCAAAAUAAUGAACGAAUUGGUAAUACCGCCUUCGUCCAAUUGGUACGAGACGUCGAUUAUAGCAUGUGCUAAAGAUAACACUUUGGUUUACGGUGCCAGGAAUGACAUUGUUGUUGUAAAACCUACCGAACAAAGUAAACCUUCUGAAGUUAGGAUUAUAACUAAAGCGCAUUCAAAUAAGGUUAUUUCAGUGAAUGUUAAUAAAAACUGGGGGGAACCUUUCAAACAUGCUGUUACAGUGUCCGAAGACAAAAUUAUUAAGUUAUGGGAUGUAGAAACGUUAACUAAAAAACUAUCGCACAAAGAACACAUUAUUCAUGAACGGGUGGUUGGGGCAAAUUUUGGUGGGGAAGAUAGGGUUAUAAGUGUCUCAGAAAACGGUAAAAUUGUCGUUUGGAAUAUACUUUUGAAUGAGUUUCAAAAGUUGGAUAUUUUUGGUAGCAAAGAUGUUAUCACUUGUAUUUCCACAUGUCCACAUGCUGGCUGGUUGACUGCUUUUGGCAUGAAAAACGGUUUGGUGGCCGUUUGCGACCUAAGAAAAAAUGGUAAGGUGUUAUACAAGCUAAGAGGCCACGAUAAAUCAGUGCUUUCGUUGGCAUGGUGCCCAGCCCCUGUAAACAUAUUCCCCUCGAGCCCCCGCAACACGGUCGGCGAAAAAAAACCCCCAUCUUUGUCCAUAACACAAGACAUCGACCAAAUAUGCGAGCAAAUUUCCGUCAAAUUGGAAAUAACAACCCCUGAGAAUGAAGUGACCAAAAAGAAGAAAGAAAAUCCCUGGAUCAAUUUAAAACAUGCCGAUGACGACGAAGUUCCAGCGGAUUUCGCCGAUCGCGGCCGAGAAAAACCGAUUAAGUACGAAGAUGAAGAAGACGAUUUUCUCAAAGAAUGUCUGAUGGUCAAAAAACAAAUUUUGGGCGAAGUUAUAACGGACAUAAAAAAAGAAGUUGAUGUGGAGGAAAGAAAACCUGAAGAAAUAAAGAAAAUAUCUGAAGAAAUUGAAGAAGCCUCUCAAGAACACACAAAUGAUGAUAUAAAGCCCAAAGAUAUGGAAAUCAAGGAAGAAGGUGAAGGUACAGAAGAAGCAUCCAAAAAACCCUCAGAAGAAAUUAAAGAAACAAUAAAAGAUGAGAAAAACGUCCAACAAACUCAAGAGGACACAAAUGAAGAUGUAAAGUGCAAAAAUAUGGAAAUCAAGAAAGAAUGCAAAUAUACAGAAGAAGCAUCCAAAGAAACCACCGAAGAAAUUAAGGAAACAAUGAAAGUUGACCAAGAAGAUGAUAAAACCAUCAAACAAAGUCAAGAAGACACAAAUGAAGAUGUAAAGUGCAAAGAUAUGGAAACCAAGGAAGAAUGUGAAGGUACAGAAGAAGCAUCCAAAGAAACCUCAGAAGAAAUUAAAGAAACAAUAAAAGAUGUGAAAAACGUCCAACAAACUCAAGAAGACACAAAUGAAGAUGUAAAGUUUAAAGAUAUGGAAACCAUAGAAGAAAAUAAAGAAGUUGAGAAGAAAACCGUCAAGGAAACUAAUGAAGAAGCUGGUAGAGUAAUACAUAUUGAAGAAAUAGAGGAAGAACCGCGUAAGGAGUUUCUUUUAGCUUCAUCGGCACGCGAAAGUAACAUCUACAUUUGGCGGGCAGGUACUGACGGUAGGAUGCAGACUUUCGUUACCGUUCCGAACAAGCAAAAUUACAGGAGAUCUGGAAAGAACGCGAACGAUAAAAUUUGGAUUUCGUUGUGUUGGCCUACAGCUACCACCUUGCUGUCGUCCUCCAAAUCUGGGGAGCUUUUGGAGUGGAGUUUGCCCAAGAAAAAAGACAAAGACAAGCAUUACAAGUUGGUCCACAAAGACCACAACACGAUGCUGUUCAGCAUCGCUGCCCCUUUCGUCCUCCUGGACAAAACCAACUGGAAAAGCAAGUUGGUGACCAACGCUUGGACUGUUGGUCUGGACCGCAACAUUCUCAACACCAGUCUGACCCCGAAACGCACCACCUUGAGUUGCUUGCCCACUUUCGGCGGCCCCAUCCACUGCAUAUCCGCGUCUCCGGUCGACCCGAAUCGGGUCGCCUUCGGAUCGGGAGAGGGGAUCAUCAAAGUGUGGGACAUGAGCAAGCCUCACACGAAACACGUCACCAUGGCGCAUUUUUAUCACAAGAUACAGGCAAAGGUCACUUCCAUGGCCUGGCAUCCCGAUAAAGAGUUGAUGCUCGCCUACGCGACUCACGAGGGCAGGAUUGGCAUUUUCGACUCGAGCAACUGCUCGAAAACUCCUACGUUGUUCAAGCAUUACUUCAAAGGUCAAAUACACAGGAUCGAAUUUGGGCCUUUGAAGAAAAAUUCUUUGGGGAUAUUCGCAGUGGCCGAAGGAAAGUUGGUGGUUUUCGACGUUAAAAACCCUGAUAGAGACCCGGUCGAGGUCGAAACGCCGGACGACACCUUCGUGUACAUGUUCGCGUGGAAACCCGACCUAAGCAAACUCGUGGUCAGCACCAAAGCUCAGACCUUGCUCGAAUACGACCGCCACCUAAAAUUGACAACCACGCACUACCUGAGGUUAAAGUUCGACCAGAUCCUGUGGCAUCCCGACGCCGUCAAUAACAACGACGACGCGUCAAAAUACUCGAACUGCUUCGCUGCCACUCUCAAUUCCAAGGAGUUCGUGGUCUACGACACCGACAAAUCCGACGGGGACAAAAAUAACGAAGCAAAAAUAUUCAAAGGAUUCGAGGAAAAUGUGAAUGCGGUGUCUUGGAGUCCAUUUAAUGGGAACCACAUUGUUUCAGUGGGCGAAGAUGGUGUCGCGCAGGUUUGGGAUGUCGGAACGAAAACAAUAUUGGCUACUCACGUUCACGAGGGAUUCGAACCCAUCUUGUCCGCGAUAUGGAGUCCCGUAAACGAGGACUGCAUAAUAAUUGGCGGGAAAAAUUACGUGACGAGCGUGUGGAAAAUUUCGGAAAAUCCUCCCAGAGACGAGAACGAUCUUUCGAAGGAAAGAAAGGCGGUUUUGGCGGCCAUACAAACCGAGUCGGGCGAUCUGCUGCCGAAAACCGCGAAGUUGUUCGACGAAAUCGAAAAAGCGAAACCGAACAAACCGCUGAAAAAGAGUUUGCUGCCGGCUUUCUACAACGCGAAAGAUUCCGAAUCUCACAUCGACGAUCUAAAGAAACUCUUUGCUUGGAGCAAGGAAAAAUCAGAAUCGUGCUCAGUUGGAAAAAGCGGCGAGUUGGAUUCCAAGGUCGGUUCAUUACAAAAUGAUAUUUUGAAGAUUUACGGCACCAGCGAGGAUAUGGCCGAUAUUCUCAACACAAACUUGUUGUUAAAUAGGCAGAAGGGGAAGUAUAACAACGGCAACAUUGUAGCGUUAAUGAAAGGCGACAUGAAGGGUACAGUUUUAAGUGCUAUAGAAGAAAAAAGGGUUAAUCCUUGGAUUAUAUCAGUUUCGCCAAUGAUAUCUACAGAAGUGUGGCUAAAAUCUUGCGCCACCUACGUGGAGCAGCUGAAAGAGCUUCACGAAGCCGAUCCGCUGGAAAUAACCACGUAUCUGCUGGCCCAGCACAAAGUCUCCGAAGCGGUGGACAUUCUGUGCGAACACGUCAUGUUCCGCGAAGCGUUGGCCUUGGCCAAGUGUCGCUUGAUCGGCGACGUAAAGACUGUCGAAAAAAUCAACGAAAAAUGGGCCGCGAACGCCGUCUCCACAGGGCAGUUCGAACUGGCAGCCCAAUGCUACAUUUUCCUGAAUCAAUACGAGAAGGCGGCUAUGAUUCUGUACAGGCGCACGGACCAAAAAACGCUGGAGUUCGCCGCCGAACUGGCGAAGAAAUCCGGCAACACCGAGAUGCACGACGAGAUAACGAAAAGGUUGAACAUUUUCAACCCUGUCGGCGAGCCGUCGAACUUGAACCCGGACGCGGAGGUUUUCGUGUACAGUCGCGAAAACUCGGACGAUUCCGCGCACGAGAUUUUGAUGGACGAGGAUUUGGUUGUCGUCGACGAAAACGACGUGAUUGGAGGUUAAGUUUUUGCAGUAUUUUUAAGUUUAACGUAACUGGUUUUUAUUUCGUUAAGUUGGAAUGUUUUUUGCUUUAUUUUAAUUAAACAUAUUGACUAUGUUUUUAUUUUGUUAACAGAAUUUGUAUUUUUUUAAUAAAUAACCUUUUUGAAAUAUUAUUUUAUUAUUAAGCAAUUUUUAAACAUUAGCAAAAGCUUGAAACAUAAUCAAGUCAUCUCCAGCAGUUAUUGUCAAAGUUUCAUUGACAGGUAUAAAAAGUACAGUGCCUUUAUCCAAAGUACCACCAGUGUUAGUACUGCCAACCCCAGAAAUAACCAGCAAAAUACUAGCACUGACUCUCUUAAUUGUACUAUAAUUAACAUUAUUAGGAACCUAAAAAUAUCAAUUAAACAUUUAUAAAUAUCAUUUAAAUAUAAUCUUUGAUACUUUUAUUUGCGCCACAGCAAAAUCAGGUACAGGAGGUUUAUACAGCUUGGUAAAAUCGUCCUCUUCUUCAGGGGAAAACAAAAUAUCCCUGGGGGUUUCCCCCUUGUAAAUCAACAUUGACGUUAAAGUGUCGACAUCUAUGAAUUUCGGCGUAAAACCAGCCCUCACAACGUUGUCAGAGCAUGCCAUGCAUUCUAUGCAAUCUAGAAAAUAAAU